CGGCGCCAUGUCGAGCCUCCGCCGGUCCCUGCCGCUGCUGCUGCUGCUGCUCCCCACGCUCUGCCCGCCCGCCCGGAGCCUCCGCGAUGGGCCCACCAGGAUCGCCGUGGUGGGCGGUGGGAUCGGCGGCUCGGCCGCCGCGUAUUUCCUGCGGCAGAAGUUCGGCCAUGGCGUGCAGCUGCACAUGCUGGAGAAGGCAGCGGUGGGCGGCCGGCUGGACACGCUGGACGUGGAGGGGGACGCCUAUGAGGCAGGGGGGUCCGUGAUCCACCCCCUCAACCUGCACAUGAAGCAUUUUGUCAAGGAGCUGGGCCUCUCGGUCGCCUCAGUGCAGGGCAGCCUCGCGGGUGUUUACAACGGGGAGGAAUUUGUGUUUGAGGAGAGCAGCUGGUCCUUCAUCAACCUCCUCAAGCUGCUGUGGCACUACGGCCUCAACCCCCUGCGCAUGUCCAUGUGGGUGGAGGGCAUCCUGGACAAGUUCAUGAGGAUCUACCGGUACCAGAUGCAUGACUAUGCCUUCAGCAGCAAUGAGCGCCUGCUCCACACCCUGGGAGGCGACGACUUCACCCGCCUGCUCAACCAGACCAUUGAUGAGGCCAUGCAGGAAGCGGGAUUCUCCCAAAAAUUCAUCAACGAGGUGGUUUGUCCGGUCAUGAGGGUGGAUUAUGGCCAAGGGGUCGCCGUCAAUGGCUUUGUAGGUGCUGUGUCCCUGGCUGGGGUGCAGUCAGGCCUUUGGUCUGUGAAAGGAGGGAACAAACUUGUCUGUUCUGGCCUCAUCUACUCCUCCAAGGCCGAGGUUAUCCCGGGAACAGUCGUGUCCAUAGAGCCAAAAACCAGCCCCAGGCCUGGCAGGGACCCGGCCGUGCUCUACCACGUCACCUACAACACGUCCUCGGGGCUCACAGGGGACACCUACGACAUCGUGGUCAUCGCGGCGCCGCUCGACCGCAAGAUGGCCAACAUCACCUUCCGCAACUUCAACCCUCCCAUCCCGGAAUUCCUGAAUCCCUACCACCAGACCGUCACCACCUUGGUGCACGGGCGCUUAAACACCUCCUUCUUCGGCUACCGCGACCCCCAGGCUUUUCAGCUGGGGGCCAUUUUCACCAUGGACAACCCCAAACUGUUCAUCAACAGCCUGGGCGUGGUGUCCCCGGUGGGCGGGGAGCCGCCGCUGCGAUCAGCCGUCUGGAAGGUGUUUUCCAAGGAAGAGCUGACCAAGGAGCAGCUCGGUUUGCUCUUCUCCUCGUACGACGCGGUGAAGGUGAAGCGCUGGUUGGCGUAUCCCCGGUACAGCCCUCCCGAGAAGUUUCCUCCCAUCGUCCUGCACGAGCAGCUGUACUACCUGAACGGGCUGGAGCGCGCUGCCAGCGCCAUGGAGAUGAGCGCCAUCGCCGCCCGCAACGCCGCCCUGCUCGCCUUCCACCGCUGGCACGGCCACAGCCACAGCAUCGACCAGGAGAACCUGCACGAGAAGCUCAAAACGGAGCUCUGAGACCUCCCCCCAGGGCUUAAUUAACACUCACGAGCUCCCUGCUUCGUCCUCUGAGGAGGUGUUUCAUAGGAUCGUGGGAUCCUUGAAGUUGGAAGACUUUCAAGAUGAUCAAGACCUUCAGGAUCAUCAAGACCUUCAAGAUGAUCAAGAUCUUCAGGAUCAUCAAAGAUCUUCAAGAUGAUCAAGAUCUUCAGGAUCAUCAAGACCUUCAAGAUGAUCAAGAUCUUCAGGAUCAUCAAGAUCUUCAAGAUGAUCAAGAUCUUCAGGAUCAUCAAGACCUUCAAGAUGAUCAAGACCUUCAAAAUGAUCAAGAUCUUCAGGAUCAUCAAAGAUCUUCAAGAUGAUCAAGAUCUUCAGGAUCAUCAAGACCUUCAAGAUGAUCAAGACCUUCAGGAUCAUCAAGAUCUUCAAGAUGAACA